AUAUAUAUAUUGAGGAUAAAAAAAAUCUCUAUCUCUAAGCAAAGUAAAUCGGGAGAGUAUCUCCCUUUAAAAAAGUUUAUCAUGAAUUGGUUUGUCUUAACUUUAUUCUUUGCUUAUGCAACAGUGUCUCUCGGAGUCAGGCGCUGCAAAUCAGCAGAAGAUUGUGAAGAAGACGAAUGCUGCGUAAAAUACACUGUUGCUGCUUUCUUAGGAGGCGUCUGCCGAGAAUUGAGAGAAGAAGGAAAAACAUGUACUCCAAUAAUCAAAAAAGACCAAGAGGAAGACCCAAAUAUGUAUCUUUUCCAGUGUCCCUGCAAAGCUGGUCUUGAAUGCGUUGGUUCUAUAGAAAAGACUAUUUUUGGACAUGUGGUAAAGCAUAAGCCAAAAUGCGUUGUACCUGAAAAAGAAGAUCUAUCAACAGUGAAGCCACCCGAAAGAGAAACAACAGAACCAGAACCUGAACCAGAGCCUGAAACAGCUGAACCAGAACCUGAGCCCAAUGAAUGAAUAGGGUGCGAGUUGUAAGAGAGAAAGGAAUGGUUUGAACGGCUGAAUUAAUGAAUGAUUUUGAAAGAAAAUAAUUUAGUGUAUGAUACAAAAUUAAAAAUAUUGAAUAACAAUAGUU